AUGAGUGGCUGCCCAUUUUUAGGAAACAACUUUGGAUAUGCUUUGAAAAAACUGUCUGUAGAAGGCGGUGAAGAUGACCAAUCACAAAGCGGUGUGAACAGAGCCAGUAAAGGAGGGCUUAUCUAUGGGAACUACCUGCACCUGGAAAAAGUUCUGAAUGCACAGGAACUUCAAAGUGAAAUAAAAGGAAAUAAAAUCCACGAUGAACAUCUUUUUAUCAUAACUCAUCAAGCCUAUGAGCUCUGGUUUAAGCAGAUCCUCUGGGAGCUGGAUUCUGUCCGUGAGAUCUUUCAGAAUGGCCAUGUCAGGGACGAAAGGAACAUGCUGAAGGUUGUCACCCGAAUGCAACGAGUGGUGGUGAUUCUCAAACUCCUGGUCCAGCAGUUCUCCGUCCUGGAGACCAUGACGGCCCUGGACUUCAAUGACUUCAGAGAGUACUUGUCCCCAGCGUCCGGCUUCCAGAGUCUGCAGUUCCGACUGCUAGAGAACAAGAUGGGGGUUCUCCAGAGUCUGAGAGUUCCCUACAACAGGCGACAUUACCGCGACAACUUCAGAGGCGCAGACAACGAGCUCCUGCUUAAGUCUGAGCAGGAGCAAACGCUCCUACAGCUGGUGGAGGCAUGGCUGGAAAGAACCCCAGGCUUAGAGCCACAUGGAUUUAACUUCUGGGGAAAGUUUGAAAGAAACAUUGUCAAAGGCCUGGAAGAAGAAUUCACCAGGAUUCAGGCUAAGGAAGAGUCAGAAGACAAAGAGGAACAAAUGGCUGAAUUUCAGAAACAGAAAGAGGUGUUACUGUCCUUAUUCGAUGAGAAGCGUCACGAGCAUCUUCUUAGUAAAGGGGAAAGACGGCUGUCCUACAGAGCACUUCAGGGGGCUUUGAUGAUCUACUUUUACAGGGAAGAGCCCAGGUUCCAGGUCCCCUUCCAGCUGCUGACCUCCCUCAUGGACGUGGACUCCCUCAUGACCAAGUGGAGAUACAACCACGUGUGCAUGGUGCACCGGAUGCUGGGCAGCAAAGCCGGCACCGGGGGGUCCUCGGGCUACCAGUACCUGCGCUCCACAGUCAGUGACAGGUACAAGGUAUUUGUAGAUUUAUUUAAUCUUUCGACGUAUCUGGUUCCCCGACACUGGAUUCCGAAGAUGAACCCAAUUGUUCAUAAGUUCCUUUACACGGCUGAGUACUGUGACAGCUCCUACUUCAGCAGCGAUGAAUCAGACUAA